AUGCUCUGGCAGAGGCGGUCCUGGCUCUGGCUGUACAUUAGAAUCGGUGUCCUUCUGGGUGUUAUUCUGGGACAUGAACCAAGCAUCCCGGAGCAACAUGGGAAAAACAGCUGCUAUCAGUUUAACAGAUUUUUCUGUGACUUCCAGGAAGCAGAUAAAUACUGCCAGGCCCAGAGAGGACGCCUAGCCCACACGUGGAACCCCAAGCUUCGGGGUUGGUUAAAAAGCGUCCCGAAAGAAGAAACAGUGUGGUGGGUCCGGGGAAACCUGAAGCUGCCGGGAAAGCAUCUAGGAAUAAACCAGACAGGAGGUGCUGACAUCUUAAAGAACCAAAAGCCUGGCGAGUGUCCUACUGUGGUCACACACUCUAAUGCUGUCUUCUCAAGAUGGGACCAGUGCAUAAGGAAGCAUCAUUUCAUUUGCCAGGCAGGAGAUGGUCCCCCGUUAGCCAUGUGUCACCAACCCGCACCUCCUGAGCUUGUGACAUCAAACACACCUGCAUCCAGCAGCCCACCAAACAUGACAUCAGACACACCUGCAUCCAGCAGCCCACCACAGGUGACGUCAGACACACCUGGAUUCAGCAGCCCACCACAGGUGACAUCAGACAUAUCUGCAUCCAGCAGCCCACCAAACAUGACAUCAGACACACCUGCAUCCAGCAGCCCACCACAGGUGACAUCAGAAACACCUGCAUCCAGCAGCCCACCACAGGUGACAUCAGACAUAUCUGCAUCCAGCAGCCCACCAAACAUGACAUCAGACACACCUGCAUCUAGCAGCCCACCACAGGUGACGUCAGACACACCUGCAUCCAGCAGCCCACCACAGGUGACAUCAGACAUAUCUGCAUCCAGCAGCCCACCAAACAUGACAUCAGACACACCUGCAUCCAGCCGCCCACCAAACAUGACAUCAGACACACCUGCAUCCAGCNGCCCACCACAGGUGACAUCAGACACACCUGGAUUCAGCAGGCCUGAAUCCACGAUACCUGCUGGAAGAUCUUUGGCAGAUAUCACUUCAAAGGCACAGGAAGACUCUUCCCCAGGAGUUAUCUCUACCCAUCCACAGAUGUCAUUUCAGAAUUCAACCAAUCAGGACACAGAUGAGACAGCGGGGGAACUGGUCCCAACAAUUCCCGAUUCCCAAGCCCACAGUGGACUCCAGAAAGCUUGUGCCAUCCUCCAGAGACUCAGAGACUUCCUGCCAACUUCUUCCACAUCAGCUCAGGUCAGUGUGGCCAAUUUACUCAUUGACCUGAGUGAGCAGUUGCUGGUACUCCCAUUUCAGAAGAACAACAGUUGGAGCUCUCAAACUCCCAUAGUCAGCUGCCCCUUCCAGCCUCUUGGAAGUCUAAUAACCACAAAGGGAGACAGUCGUCAGAUGGUUCAGCAAGACACCGAGCAGGUUGAAGACAUGCUGGAGACAUCCCUGAUGGCCCUGGGGGAGAUCCACAGAGCGUUUUGCCAGCAGAGUCUGUGCCCUCAGUCGGCAGUGACCCUGGCCUCUCCCUCUGCUACUCUGAUGUUGAGCAGCCAAAAUGUGUCGACCUUGCCCCUGAGCACCUACACUCUGGGUGAGCCUGCACCCUUGAGGUUGGGCUUCCCAUCAGCAGAAGCGCUGAAGGAGCUCUUGAACAAACACCCAGGCGUGAACCUUCAAGUAACAGGUCUGGCUUUCAACCCUUUUGAGACUUCAGAUGACAGGAACAUUGUUGGAAGCAUUGGGAAUGUGCAGCUGAGCUCUGCUUAUCAGUCGAUCAGAGUCCACGACUUAAUAGAAGAUAUUGAGAUAGUGCUCUGGAGAAAUGCCAGCAUGGAGACCCAGCCCACCAGCCUCAACACAAGUACAGACCAUUUCACAAUCUCUGUGAACAUCACUUCCUUGGAGAAGACCCUCAUUGUGACCAUCGAGCCGGAAAGUCCCCUCCUAAUGACGCUCCACCUGGGCUUCCAGGACCAGCCGGCCCACACUCACUUCUAUCUCAACAUCAGCCUGCCGAGGGGCCAGGUGUGGCAGAAAGAUGAAGAGUACACGUGGGUGCUGACACCAGAGAACCUGUGGUAUGGGACUGGCACCUACUACAUAAUGGUUGUAGAGAAUACAAGUACAGAGACGGCACAGCGCACACCCGUCCUGGUCUCAGUGGUCACAGCUGUCACCCAGUGCUAUUUCUGGGACCGAUACAACAGGACAUGGAAGAGCGAUGGAUGCCAAGUGGGGCCGAAGAGCACCAUUUUAAAGACACAGUGUCUCUGUGACCACUUGACCUUCUUCGGCAGCGACUUUUUCAUCGUGCCCAGGAUGGUGGAUGUAGAAAACACCAUCAAACUGCUGCUUCAUGUGACCGACAACCCUGUCGGGGUGUCAUUGCUGGCCAGCCUUCUAGGAUUCUAUAUACUCUUAGCCAUGUGGGCUUGGAGGAAGGAUCGAGCAGAUAUGCAGAAGGUGAAGGUAACCAUCCUGGCUGACAAUGUCCCCAGCGCUGCAUCCCACUACCUCAUCCAGGUCUACACUGGCUAUCGGAGGAGGGCUGCCACAACAGCCAAGGUCAUUAUCACUCUCUAUGGCUCAGAGGGGCACAGCGAGCCCCACCACCUUUGUGACCCAGAGAAGACAGUUUUUGAGCGUGGAGCACUGGAUGUUUUCCUUCUUUCCACUGGAUCCUGGCUGGGGGACCUGCAUGGCCUUCGGUUGUGGCAUGACAAUUCCGGCGACAGUCCUUCUUGGUAUGUAAGCCAGGUGAUCGUCAGUGACGUGACCGCGAGGAAGAAAUGGCAUUUCCAGUGCGAUUGUUGGCUGGCUGUGGACUUGGGCAACUGUGAGCGUGACAGGGUGUUCACACCAGCCUCCAGAAGCGAGCUCUCUUCCUUCAGACACCUGUUCUCCUCCACGAUCGUAGAAAAGUUCACCCAGGAUUAUCUGUGGCUCUCAGUUGCCACUCGACAUCCCUGGAACCAGUUUACAAGAGUCCAGCGGCUGUCCUGCUGCAUGGCACUACUGCUCUGUGACAUGGUCAUCAAUGUUAUGUUCUGGAAGAUGGGUGGCACCACUGCCAAGAGGGGCACCGAACAAGGUCCACUUGCUGUGACUUUGUCAGAGCUGCUCAUCAGCAUCCAGACCACCAUCAUCCUCUUCCCCGUCCACCUCAUCUUUGGGCGGCUCUUCCAGUUGAUUCACCCACCAGAAGCUCUGCCCCAGCUUCCUCUCAUCCAGGCUGCCUGGCCCUCCACUCUUGUUUGUGAGUCCCCAUCUCUUACACAGGUGGUCAAGGAAUUAAAGGAAACUGUGGGAUUCCUGCUCAGGAGAAAUACACAGCUGCUCUCGGAGUGUGAACAGUCUUCGUGGAGUUCUUGUGACAUUAACAAGCUGGCGGAGCUUUUAUCCCGCCUCAUUUACUCUCACUUAGAAGGUGAAGGCUGUCACCAGCAGACAGAAUCCCACUGGGAAGAUGCGGUGUCUGAAAACCAUUACCAUUUCUGCCGCUACCUUCUCCAACUUCUGCGGGGACUGAAAGCGCAUUUAGAUGCUCUUGGUGCUACCCAGGAUCACCAGCCUUGUGACUUCUCAAAAGCAGUGGGCCAACUUCAAACCCUCCAGGAACUCCUGGAGACACAGACUCUCCCCAGGGGGCCAGGGCCAGGCAGGCAUUCAACCAGUUUCCCCAUCCUCAGCCCAGAAGAGGGGAAGAAGCCCAUGUCAUUUUGCCUGUUCAGAUGGUUGAAGUACAGCUGCUGGCUCUUUCUUGGUGUCAUCAGCCUGGCCUCCGCCUUUUUUAUAAUGCUCUAUAGCUUGGAGUUGGACAAAGACCAAGCCACCAGCUGGGUUAUUUCAAUGAUGCUGUCGGUACUACAAGACAUCUUUAUCAGCCAGCCCAUAAAGGUGAUCUUCCUGACAUUGCUGUUCUCCUUGAUGGCGAACCACAUGCCGUGGCUCAACAAAGACAAGGAACAACACACCCGGAGAAUCCUAGCACUUUGGGCGAAGUGUCCUUCGUCGGCACCUGGCUUGAGAGACAAGAACAAUCCCAUCUACACUGCCCCAGCAAUGAACAACCUAGCCAAGCAGACAAAGAAGGCCUGGAAGAAGCAGUUCUUCAAGCUGACGGGUGGUACUCUGGUGCAAAUCCUCUUCCUGAGCCUGCUGAUGACUACCGUCUACUCUGCAAAGGACUCUAGUCGCUUUUUCCUCCAUCAAGCUAUCUGGAAGAGGUUUUCUCACCAUUUCUCAGAAAUCAAAACUGUAGAGGAUUUCUACCCCUGGGCUAACCGCACCCUCCUUCCUAACCUAUACGGGGAUUACAGAGGAUUUAUUACUGACGGGAACUCCUUUCUUCUGGGCAAUGUUUUGCUCCGCCAGAUUCGCAUUCCUAAUGCCAUACUCUUCCCAGGAUCUCUCCACAAGCAAAUGAAGUCAUCUCCCCAACAUCAGGAGGACAGAGAGAACUAUGGGGCUGGCUGGGUCCCCCCUGAUACGAACAUCACGAAAGCAGACAGUAUUUGGCAUUAUCAGAGUCAGGCGUCGCUGGGAGGCUAUCCUAUGCAAGGGGAGCUAGCCACUUACUCAGGAGGAGGCUAUGUCGUGAGGCUUGGAAGAAACCACAGUGCUGCAACCAGGAUUCUGCAGCAUCUGGAGCAGAGGCGCUGGCUGGACCACUGCACAAAGGCCCUCUUUGUGGAAUUCACGGUCUUCAAUGCUAAUGUGAAUCUGCUCUGUGCAGUGACCCUCAUCUUGGAAUCCAGUGGUGUGGGGACUUUCCUCCCCACCCUGCGACUGGACAGUUUAACUUCCCUUCAGUCAUCAGAGAGGGGCUUUGCCUGGAUUGUCUCACAGGUCGUCUACUACCUUCUCGUCUGUUACUACGCCUUCAUCCAGGGCUGCCGGCUGAAGCGGCAGAGGCUGGCGUUCUUCACUAGCAAAAGGAACCUUCUGGAUACAAGCAUAGUCCUCAUCAGCUUCAGCAUCCUGGGACUCAGCACGCAGAGCCUCUCUCUGCUUCACAACAAGAUGCGGCAGUACCACUGUGACAGGGACAGGUUCAUCAGCUUCUGUGAGGCACUGAGAGUGAACUCUGCAGUCACUCACCUCAGGGGCUUCCUGCUUCUGUUCGCAACUGUGCGGGUGUGGGACCUACUGCGACAUCAUGCCCAGUUACAGGUCAUCAACAAGACACUGUCCAAAGCCUGGGACGAAGUGCUGGGCUUUAUACUGAUCAUCGUGGUCCUGUUAAGCAGCUAUGCCAUGACUUCCAACCUGCUGUUUGGAUGGAGCAUCUCCGACUACCAGAGCUUCUUCAGAUCUAUAGUGACUGUUGUUGGCCUCUUGAUGGGGAUUUCUAAGCACAAGGAGGUUAUUGCUCUAUACCCAAUCCUGGGCUCUUUUCUGGUUCUCAGUAGCAUCAUCUUGAUGGGACUUGUGAUCAUUAAUCUUUUUGUUUCUGCCAUUCUCAUUGUCUUUGGGAAAGAAAGGAAGGUCUGUGAGAAAGAAGCUACACUGACAGAUAUGUUACUACAAAAGCUCUCAAGUCUGUUAGGAAUCCGCCAGCACCAGAAUCCAUCUGAGGAACAUGCUGACCACACUGGGUAUUGA